AUGCUAUUACGCCCGGCCACGCCCUUGUCCAUUCUCUUCUUUGCCGCCUUUGCGCUGCUGUUGCUGAGCACCCUCUCGACUCCCAUCAUCAAGGCCAUUCCGCUGGCGAGCUUUGACGAUGUCAGCUAUGGCGUCUUUGGCUACUGCAAGGGCGAUAGUUGCAGUGACAUUGGUAUAGGCUAUACCACAGAGUCCGGACUCUUCUCUUCGCCCACAAACUCUGACUUUGAUCUCCCUUCGGACACACGUCACACCCUGUCCGCAAUUCUGAUUGUCCACCCGGUGGCGGCCUUUUUGACCCUCGUCUGUUUCGCGCUCGCUGUCUCUGCUCAUUUCCACGCGCCGUCACAUUCGCCGCGCUACCUCAUGGCUCUCCUCAUUCUGACCUUCCCAACUCUCCUGGUAUCCCUGUUGGCAUUUCUUGUCGACAUCUUGCUGUUCGUACCGCACAUGCAAUGGGGUGGAUGGCUCGUCCUGGCUGCCACAGUUGUUAUCUGUCUGUGUGGCAUAGUGACUUGCGCAAUGAGACGCACUCUCGUCAGCCGCAAGGCAAGGAAGAAGAGAAUUGCAGAAAAUGCCGAGAUGAACGGGCAAAACUACUACGAGAGCCGCGGAAUGGACAAUAUUCCCCCCCCUCCUCCUCCGGUCCACGAAGAUGUUCUUCCUCGCGCCGAUUCCCCGCCGCCAAUGCACUCAUCUGGAGAUAACAAAGGACCAGACUUCGUCGCGUUCGAACUGCAGAAGACGAGCAUGGACGAUAGAACUCCGCUAAACCCGAAAAACCCGUCUGUCAAAAGCGCCAGCACCAAUGGCGACUCUACAGGUAGUCGCCCAGGAAGAUACUACAGUGAACAAGCCCCGCCUAUGCCAUCUGGUGCCGCUGGACGUGGAAGAGGCCCCGCAAGAGAUCAAUACGGAAACUCACCCAACAAUGGAUAUGGACCGCCUGGAAUGCAAGAUGGGAACAUGGGUCCUAACAGAGCCGGAGGCCCUGGCUACGGCAGCAGAGGAAGAGGAGGUUAUCCGCCGCGUGGCCGUGGGGGUUAUGGUCCAAGAGGCCGCGGAGGACCGCCAGGCAUGCGUGAACCGCCCCCUCCUGGAUGGAAUGGCAAUGGAAGAAACAUGGCCCCGGGUCCUGGACCUAUGGGAAUGGGCAUGGCUGGUCCCAUGGGAAGAGGCGGACGAGGCCCACCUCCUGGCUACAACAACUACUACGGAGGACAGCCGCCGCAGGGCCGUGACCGCAUGCCUCAACUAGGACCGUAUGAUGCAAUGGGAGACUAUGAUCAACAAGGACCAACUUUUGGACCAGGUGGCGCGAAUGGACAAUCAAUCGAAAUGGAUGGGCGAGGCCCAAGCCCAAAUCAUGGAGCCAACAACUAUGGCCUAAGGGAAAAUGAUAGGGACCUCCAAGGCAUGGUUGGUCUACAACCGGGCCGAACUGAAGGUCUUGCUCCGCCACGUAUAAACACUGCCAGUCCCAUGAGUCCCACUAGCGUCUACUCUGCCGAACCAACCGCCUAUGUUGCACCCCGUCAGGACUGGAGAGGUCAGCAACAAGCGACCUCGUCUUCGCCAGUUAACCGUGGAAACGCGGACAACACAGCCGCUGACCAACACGCACGCGGUCUCUCGCCAAUCGCCGCAUCCCCUAUUGACGGAGCGCCGAUUGAGCUUCCAGCUGGUUCCAUCGUCAACGGCCCUUCCGCGCAACAAACACAGAACAACGGUCACGGCAGGAAGGUUUCCAAUCCGGCUAACAACUACUAUGAAGACGUCGACCCCCGCUUCGCCGAACCCAUCGAGUCUCUACCUGCCGCAGAGCCUGCGCCAGCUCCUACACCUGCUGCUCUUCCCGCUGCGCUAAUACCUGGUGCCCUUGCUCAGCCUACUCGUAGCCCAAACAACUCCCCUGGCCAGGCUGCGAACCCCCAGACCACACUCCCGCCAAUCCAGACCAUGCAGGCGUCUGCCCCCAUCCCGCAAGAAGCUAAUCAUCCGUACGAUCUGGAGGACUACGAUGAGGGCAUCCGCUCACCUGUCGGUUCCGAAAUUUCUCACUUUACGAGCAUUUCGCAGCGUGGUGUCAACCCGAACUGGCGCCCUGGGCCCGGCGAAAUGCCCCCGUACGGCUAUGCUCCCCCUAGGGCACCGAGGCGCGAUGAUAUGAUCCUCAAUGCGAACCCGGAUUUCAGUCUUCCCGGUGUUGCCCCGCCGCGUCGUGGCAGGGGUGGCAUGAGAGGCGGCAUGAGGGGUGGAAGAGGUGCUCCGCCGGCGGCUACGGCAAUGGGCAUGGGAAUGGCUUCCGGAGGAAGGUUCCCUGGCCCUGACACCCUGUAA